AUGAGUGGCUUUUUCUCCGAUAAUCAGACCAAGCAAAAAGCUUACGACCGCUAUUACAAUGCAAUGGCGAAGAGUGAUUUUGUUCAAGGCAAGAAGCUGAAGGCACUCAUUCAACACGAAUCACUAGACGAUGCAAGCGCUGAUUCACUUGCAAAUUUGUUUCAGCAAGUAAUGGCUAAGAAUCGUGAAUAUGAGUAUGAUGAAAUCACGAAGAAACUCAUAAAAGGUCCCAAAGGUCCUCCUGAAAUCAUCAAAGGUGAAUCAAAUGAAGCACCCAAAUCUAGUAAAAAGAAGCAUACAUACGUACCAACAUCGACUGACACAGAUGUCAAUAUGGAAGAGCCCACUGCGCCAGAAGAUUUCUACAAAGGAGUAAAUGACGUUGCCCAAAAGGCCGUAAAUACCCGAGCAUACAUUAAAGGAAAAAAGUCUUUAAGAGAGGUCGUGGAUGACCAUGUUCUGAAUUAUUUAAACAAGCAAAGAGAGUUUAGAAAAGAGGAUUCAAAUCGAAGACGUCAAGAAAUGGCGGACAAAUUUGCUGAAGAAGUCAUGAAGGAAUCAGCAAAACUUCUGAAACGAAAACGAACUGUAACUCCUCCAAAUAAAUCUCCUACUGACAAACGAGCGACAAAAAAAGCGGCUAAACGAGCUGAAGCGGAACCCUCGCUUACUCGACAACUAUUUCAAGACUCGGAUGAUGCAGAGAGCAGUGACGACGAAGAAAUAAAAGAAGAGAAGAAAUUACGUAGCUUUAAUGCUGGCAUAAAAAGUAUAUACUGA